GUUUUUUUUUACUGCAUGUUUGAAUGUAUUUAUAUUUUUAUUUCCUCUCUCUCACUUCAUCAGUCUUUCUGCUUGCAUCCUCAUCCAUCUAUUUGCCCAUUCUUCUUUCUUCCCCAUCCAGCCUUACAGUCUUCCUUUUGUCUCUUUACUUUUUUGCCCUUUCUUGUGCUAAUUUAUUCCUAUCCACACAAGGAACGUUUUUUAAUUUUUUCUAAUCUUUGUAGUCCUUUCCUCGGCUAAUCUUGGGCCUUGAUUGCGACUGUUUCCAUCUUCUCUCCACCUCAUCAUGAACAGAGAUCACCCUGACCUUCGCAAACAAAACGGACAGUGGCAAAAUCAACAAUCUUCCUAUCAUCAACAGCAAAGCUCACAACCUCAACGGUCUCUACACCCUUCCCAAAACCGCACCGCUUCUCCUCAACCUACCUCACCUACUAGCCCCAACAUGCACAUUAACACCAACGCUAAACCUGGCGGUGGAGGUGGUCCUGGGUCGCAGCAGCGAUCUAACCCUUCAUCACCUUCUGGAGGAUCAGCUGGAAAUGCUAUGGAGAUUGCUGCCAGACACUAUGAAGCUCUCCAAAAAUAUCUUCUCGCACAUAUUUUAAAAGAAAAACAUGGUGUGAGCGAACAACGUAUCGCCGCAAGAGAAAAGCUGUCAAGGUUAUUGCAGAAUCAGCUUCAGGAUCUUUCAACAGAUGUUUACGAUGAACUGAAGCGGAGAACAGACGAGGUGUUAGUGCCAUUCUUGGCUGUUCGAGAUGACUUUCAUCCAAAACGUAAUCAGGCUCGUCAGAAGUUGGCUACUCUCCCUCAGAACCGAUUCAAGGAUCUUGCCAGUGAUGUCUACGUCCAGUUGGAACGCCAAUUCCCCACUUUGUUGGAGAUGUUUCCUCUUAAAGCAUUGGAAGAGAAAGAAUACCUUUUGCAACAGUCUCAACAGGAGCGCGAGUCAAACGCACCUGCUGUUCAGCAAUCUAGCGUAGUACCUAAUGUGGCGACAUUCACUAUCCAGGACAGUUCGAAUGUGGAAGAGGACGACUCCUAUUAUCGAUCGCCCAGGCAACAAAGCCCAUCCACCCCUAUGGCAUUAGAAGGGAGCGUCAACUUUGCGAGCCUGGACAGUCUUAUGGCGGACAUUGGCCAUAUUGUGAGCAAGGAUGGUUCUGAUGCUUCAAAAAGCUCGAAUGCUAACGCUAACAAGGGAGCAAAGGAUACCUCCAAGGGCUUGGAUUCAAAAGGUUCUUUGAGUGCCGGUGUCAAUGCGGGUUCGCUUCCUUCUGAUGCAACCCAAUUAGAAUAUGAAACCCGGAUUGUAGCUCUUUGCAAAAGGCUUCAACAUCUCGAGAGUGAACUUGGUGACGCAGCUGACCGUCCCGAAGGCUCCCGUCUUGCUCAGGUGGAGCGCCAACUGUCCCAGCAGACAGAGCUUUAUAACGAGCAGACAUCAAAAUUGUCCAAGCUUCAGCUAGACUACAACAAGGUUCUGGGCGACUAUCAUGCUCAGCUUGAGACUGUCGAUAUGAUAAAUCAGGAAGUCAAGUCGCUUGUGAUGGAGACGAAAGGCCUGAAGCAGAAGAACAUGGAUGCCGAAGAAGAGCUACAGCUUGCGUACGACAAGAUCAAGCAGCUUGAAGAUGAAAAUAAUGAUCUUAAAGCGACCAUUGAGGACUUGCAGCGCAACCCAAAAAAGAGUACUCAAGAAGAUGUUAACUACGCUAGCACAAGCGUGUCCAAUAACCCUGCAUCCAAUAGUAACAAUUCAAGAGACAAUAACGCUGCUCGUCCCGAUCAUAAAGCGGAAAACGAUUCCAACAACAAGGAUUGGAAUCAUGACCGACAACAAGCUCGCCUCAGCGUUAUGAUUAACACAAGCUCAGUCGUUCACAAAGAUAGUCUGGAUUCUUUCCGUAAUGCUAUCGAUGAUUUGCUUAUUGCCGCAAGGUCGGAUUCUUCUUCUUCAGUUUUGCUUGGCAUGAAGUCUGUUGUGAUUGCUUGCAAAAACGUGACCGAGGAUGUAGAUGAUUAUGAGCAUGAAAUGGGUCCAGACCAGAGUUUCACGGAACUGAAACAGGAGCUUUCUGCAGGGCUUACACAGUUAAUGACAGCUGCUAAGGCACAUUCUAACGCGUUCAAUGAGGGUGAGGAAGAAUUUGACCGGUCCCUAGGCGAGCUUGAGGCAGCAGCAGAUCAAUUAGAGGCUAUCGUUAUGGAUAUCGUGAGUGUACCUAAGCGCGUUGGUGAUCAGCAAGAGAACGGUAUGAACCGUGAUGUUUAUGACGAGAAACAAGAUAACAGCAACAGAGCUGGUGUAAAUGACAAGCACCCAGGAGGGUCUACUAAUAAGAAUAUUGACAAUGAGGAAGGACCGAUGGAUGCUUUGGAUCUAAAGAUCUACCUCGAGACUCAGACAGCAUCGAUUGUGUCUUCUAUCCAGACAUUGCUCACCUCUCUCCGAUCUAACUCAAGUCCUGAUGACAUUUGUGAAGCCUCUGACACUAUCACUAAAGUGGUUGAUCAAGUUGUUCGUCAGACACGUAUGACCCUUGCCACCCCCGAUGCGAUGUCUGCGCCACAAGCUCAGGAUCUUCAGUCUCAGGGUGAGAUGGUACUGGAGGAUCUUGAGAAUUCCUUAGACCUGCUAAUUGAGAUGAAGGAGCAAAUAGAGCAAGAGCCUGAAUUGGCUCAGUCAGCAUCUACGGAAGCUAAAUCAAUCAAGCAGAAGAUGGCCAGCGCAAGUUUCGAUAUUGCCAAAUACACGAAGGAGUUGGUCAGUCUGAUUGAGGAGUAGGA